ACAGGUACAGAGGCAUGUGUUAAAGUGUGUGCCAUUAUUGAGAAGACAAGCCUGGUGAAGGAUAUUCGCAAGAUGUCAUGCUCUCAGCAGACCUCAUCUCUGGAGUCCUUCCAUAGUCUGAUCAAUCAGUUUGCGCCGAAGAUGAAGGCAUUUUCACAUGCAGGUAUUGUCAGCAGGCUUCACCUCGCAGCGCUUCACUACAAUGAGAACAGUGACAGACAGCAGGCGACAACACAAGAAGGGGUCAAGCGUUAUCGCCUCAGCAAGCCAAAGUACAAAAAGGGGGAAGCAACAGUAAAGCCAAUCAAAGAGCCAGUCAAACGAACAUAUGUGGCAGACUUGAUGGGAGAGGUGGCGAAACUUGCCAACAAGUCCUCAAAGAAGAAACAACGGAAGAGGAAGAAGGUACCACCAAGCUUGGCCAGUGGCUUUACCUAUCCGACAAAAACACAGCUGAUCGAACAACAUUGCAGUCGGUUCAGUGACAAGUAAACACCAAGGACAGUUUCUGGGAAAGCAAGAUGAUUUUAUGAAACUUCCUAAAUAUCAGUCACCCAAUUUGAGUGCAAUUUACAUAAAUGAACAUGUGCUGUGCAA